UCAGGUUGAUUUUACGACACUUUUGUUAUAAAAUUUUGAUCCUUUUUUCAAAAAAUAUUUAUAAUUAUGCAACUCGAAAGUUUCCGGGUGGUCGGGAUUUUUAUAAUUUUUACAAUUUGUCUCAGUCUUGCGGAGCAUCAGGAAUCAUUUUGUGGUCAGAAGGACGCAGAUGCGGGCAAAACUUGCAUCAGCGUUCGCCUUCCGUGGCAAAGAGCUCCAAUCUAUUUUUGCACUGAAAAUGUGAACAUCGCGUACAAAGAGAGAUGCACCGACCAUUUGUCUCGUUAUUGUCCCACAGAACAUCAAGAUAGAAGCCUCCUCGUCGCCACGCCAUGGGAUUGCUGCGCCAUGUCGUCAACGCCAGACGCCUGUGCUGAUCGGACGUGUCCUUCUGCUCCGUUUAACCGGACGUGUCGAAAGAUCGAGCCUGACACGCUUUCUCGUCCGUGGGACUGCUGCCCCUCGUAUUUCUGUGAGGAAGGUCGUGGCGUCAACUCCUCGACCACGUCGACCUGUCAGAUGAAGCGGUUGACCCCGGCGUGCCUCUCGCCCCCAAAGAACAAAACUAACUGCGUCGCUUUUAAGGAUGAGCACGGCUGUUGUAACAAGUUCCAGUGCGAUGGAGACGGAAAGCCAGGCAUGUGCCCCAUGCAAGUGCAAGCUGUCCACUUCCGAAGAAUGAUGGAAAGCACGUCCCCCGCCCCCACGAAUAACACCAUCGAGCUGCAAGUUAUGGCCACCACGAUGAAAACGCCCACCUUCAUGAAUUCGACUAGACCGCCCCCACAGACGCCACAGACGCGUGAACGCGUCAUUCCAGGUCAUGGGGUCGUGACUGACCUUCGCUGCGUGGGCGACUACAAUUGUCCCGGUCAAAUGAAGUGCUGUUCGAGCAUGAUGAGCACGUAUUUUGACCCCUCGACCAUCAAGACUUUUGGGGGAGGGUCGAAAUAUGGCUCCCUCCGAGACACCGCGGUCUACGGACUUUGCGUAGAACCAGCCUGGAUUAACCCGAUGUAAAAAAUAUUGGAAAAGGUCAAGAUAUGUGUAAAUGUGUAAAUGGGAAGAUGUACGGUUUUGGGAAAUUUUGCGGUGAAAUGGAAAAAAUAAAGUAUUUAAAAUGUA